GGACGUGGAUGCGGGCAGCACGCCGCGUCCGCAGCAUCCGGACUCCGAUGGGUUCUCCUCGUCGCACCACCGAACCCCGCCGUCCCCGCCGCCGAUUUCGCCGGGUCGCGAUUACGGCGGAAUGUUUGGCGCCGGAAACGGAGGCGGCGGUCCCGGAUCGAACAGCACGCCGGCGGGCAGCUCCAGCGGCGGCGGCGGCGGCGGAGGAGGCGGUGGCGGUGGUGGGGCGAACAGCAUGUCCGCCUCCUCGCCGCUGCCCGCCCUCCAGCCGCAGAGGAGGAACGCCUCCAGCGUGGGCAGCACCUAUCCGGAGCACGAGCUCAUCUCGCCGGCCUCCUCGCCGAGCAUCCCGCGCUACAACUUCAACGGGGACAUGAUGCGACACAAGCGGGCGGUCCAGGAGCAGGAGCACCAGGAGCGCCAGCGGCAGAACAUCUCGCGGCACAACCAGAUGUCCAGCGACGAGGAGAACAGCAUCAUGCCGCAGAACAGCGCCGGGCAGGACAUGCGCAUGAAGUUCCCGCAGUCGCAGAUCGACCUGAUGUACUCCAAGUACGAGAGCAUGGCGAGCAACCUGAAGUACAACAGCCAGGAGCUGGACUCGCCGGCGGAGUACCGCCAGGCGGGCGGCGGCGGCGGCAACGGCGGCAAUGCGGCGGCCAGCGCAGCAGCGGCGGCGGCGGCAGCGGCGGCGAGUGCGGCCAACGACCUGUCCGACCUGCAGGGCCUGGACAUGAGCUCCCGGUCGAAUGCGGCGAGCAGCAACUACCACCACAACUUCCAGCUGCCGAGCAGCAGGUACCACCACCACAUCUACGACAUCCUCUCCGACCGCGAGCAGCAGAGCCAGCAGGCGCAGCAGGCGGGCGCCGGCGGAGCGGUGGUGGGCGGCGGAGCGGGCGGGGGGGCCGCCUCGGUGGUGCACCAGCAGGAGCACGGCCACGGGCAGCACCACGCGAUGCAGCAGCACCAGCAGUCGGCGGCCGCCAUGCACAACAUGCUGAGUGAGCAGCUGGGCGAGCAGGAGCACGACCAGACCACCUCGGUGGACCUCAGUCGCACCGCCAACUAUGUGGUUUCGUCGCCGCCUCAGCUGCCGUACAACCACCCGACGCACCACGACAUGCUGCGGAUGGCCUCGCUGGACCUCACUCCGAACACGGCCAACAUGGCGGUGGGCAACAACCGAUCGUUCCUCUCCUCGCAGAUGCAGCACCAGAGUCGCGAGAGCCUGGAGCACCACCGGCUGCUCUCGACGGUGGAGCAGCACCGCAUCCUCGCCGCCUCGAACGCCGCCGACCAGCACCGCCUGCUGGUGGACCCCACCGCCCAUCUGCUGAUGGAGCAGAACAACCGGCUGCUCGGCACGGCGGACCAGUCGCGACUCCUCGGCGAAUCGGCGGCGGCGGCGGCACAGAAUCGCCACAUGGCCAGGAGCUUUGGCGCCUAUCACCAGGUGGCGUCCAGCAACUAUCAUCCGGGCGUGAGGCCGCCGCCAGUCCUGCCGUCUGCGAACCACCAUGCCUCCAAUCCGUCGAACUACCAUCCCUUCCCCGCCUACUAUUAAAAUGGAGGGGCAAGUGGUGGUGCAGGGGAGCUCCACCUUGAGGCAUCCCAGGGACGGACAUCCUGAAGAGCGGCAGUGAAGUCGAGUAGUCUAAUUUGAAGUUUAGUUCCCUUCCACCCUUAUUGAGUUGAUGCAUAUUCCAAAGAAUUUCCUUUUGAUGCUGUGCAACACAAAAAGUAUCGGAUACUUUGUAAAAUAAAAAACAUUCGAGAUCUGAAACCUCUUUAGAAUUUGUUUUAAGGUACGAUGUGAAAAUAGAAUGCUGUUUUAUGCUGUUUAGAAAGGAUUCUUCCAAAAUUAUGUUAAAUCGUAGCAUACUUUUCAACAGCUUUUGGGAGGUCUUAGUCUCAUCAUUUUGUUUAUUAAAGGUUAUGUCAGAUAUCAUUACGCAACAUUUAGUAAACUAAAUAAAUUAUAGUUGGGUUUAUUUUGCAAUCAAUCAUCAAACACAUUAAACGAAAAUCUUUUAGUUUUGUUCAAAACUUAUCCACCUUCAACAUCGAUUCUUUGGAAAUGUGAACUCCCAGUUAAUCAAGAAUAUUAUUUUCUAGUCAAAUAAAAAUUUGCAUUUUAAACGAUUUACUGAAUCAUCUGAAAGAAACUAUAUUAAUGUGACGCGCUGCUGAUUCGCUCGAAUUUUGUUUUCGAAAUGUGUGCCAAUACGUCUAAGUGUAAAUUUUAAUUUGCUUCUCUGACAUUCGACAUUCGGCUUGCAAGCCGAUUUUGUAUUUGUACACAAUAAUAUUAAAUAUGUAUAGUUGUAUAGGAAGCAUAAUUAUAAUAUAAAUAUAUAUAUGUACGGAAAACAACAAAAAUGAAUGCGACAGAGAGCAUAGAGAAAGAUAAAAACAUAAGCCUGAUGCGAACAUUUUUUAAGCGCAAAUUCGCCGCUGAGUUUGGACAAAAAAAAGUAAAUGAUAUAGGAAACGAUGUUGAUAAUAAUAUUUUUACACCAAGUGAAAAUAAAUGCAUAUAAACGAGUACAAAGUGUUAGAAGAGGACGGAGACUCUCCAAAUUCGGCUUUCCUAUAAACCAAUCCCCUUCUUCGGCUUUCCCCCCCAAAAAAAAAGAAAUAAAUACAAAAAAAACUGCGUAUGCAAACUCAGCGAUCCAAAGGCACCAACCGAUGCACACUAUAUAUGUAAAGCAGAUAUAGACAUACGCGACCGAUCAGGAAAUUAGCUCAAGCAUCUUAACACUCAACGGAAUGAGUUCGAAACUUCGAAGUCUUUUUUUUGUACUAUUAUAUUAUAAAUAAUGCGUAUCCAGUACGGCAUAGGAGCUAUAUAUCGAUUUAAACUAUCCAUACUUGUACUAAAUGGUAUUUGUAUAACUAAGUUAUGAUUUAAUGUAAAUUAUUAAAUUUAUAUAAGAGCGCAAGAAGGCGAUAAGGGAGAGGAAAUACCAUAUGAUAAUGAACGAGAUAUACACCACAUACCAAAAACCCAUGAUAAUAAAUAUUAAAACAAAUACACUAACACACACACAGACACACACACACGAACACAGAGAGAAAGAGAUCGCUGAUCCACAUGGUAUGUAUACACCUAUAUAUGCAUAUGGCGUAAUCAAAUUAUCGAUUAUUAAUAAACCGUAAAUCGAACAAUUAUUUGAAAGGAAACAAAAAAUAAACAAA